AUGCCCACCUACCCACUUCUGGCUCCUCCACCACUGUCAUCUGGCAGCCCCUCUGCUCACCCUCCCUCCAUCGUCACCUCCCUGGUCCCCCCGAUGUUCAACGCGCAGGCAGAGGAGUCACCAAAGAACCUCAUCCUCAAAAAAGUUAUGAAUGAACUCGACAGGAUCAACAAUGGAAUGAACAAAAGCAUAACUUUGAACUCACCCACCAUCAAUGAUUUAGAGGACUGCUGCGUUAAAUCUGCUCUGAACUGUUUUCAGUCCAAAGUGCUUUACCUGUCAGUCCCUGAUGGCAAACUAAAGAAGUUACAGAUCAUCAUCUCAAAUGAGCUUCACAAAAUUGUGAACCGUGUGUCCGAUUGCAAACCCAAAGAGCUAGAGAAAGCUCAGUGCAAACCAUGCGAUUCGUACAAGGAGGUUGACAGCCAAACAUUUGUGCAGAAUUUAAAAACUCUUCUGCAAAAGAUCUAUGCCAGUCAACCGUAGAGAUGAAAGAGAGAAGAGACUGUGUAUAUGACACUACCUGACCAAACCACAGAGAAGAGGCUCACACACUCCGCUGCUUCUGCUGUUCUAUUUAUUGUUUAUUUAUUGUUUAUUUAUUUUCUUGCAUAUUUUAAUUAGAGGAUCUGUUAAAGGAUUGUUCAUGACUUUGACAU